ACACUGACAUAAUCUCUGUAAUUUGUAAUAGUCUCUCUAAUCUGUGCUUUGCUCAGGUUGUAUUACAAAAAUUAUAUUUUUGACAAUUAUCUUAUAUGUAUGAUUUUUUUUAUAGAUUUUUAUUCCGAAACUCUAAAAAUCAUUCCUGUGUAUCAGGUUGUAUGGCGAAUGCCUUAGUUUCUUUCCCAUUGUAUAUACAUAAAUAUUAUUACUAUUCUGAACUCUGAACCUUCCUAUAUAAUUUAUAGGCAUUGCAAAUAGUCGAUGUAAUUCUUUUUGCUUACUUUCUGGGGAACAAGAAAAUUCUCAGUUUAGUUAAGACAGUGUCCCAUGAACACUUGUUAGGCCAAAGAGAUGCUGGAACCAUGGAACGAUUCUUCCAUUCUUCGUCCUCCGGUGCAUACUUCAGCACUACAGACAUCUUGUAUCGAUAUUGAUGAGCUGAGGGAUAUAUGUAAUAAUAUAAUAGCAGUCAUGUUGAAACAAUCACCAUUGCACAAAGAAAGUGCACUUUUAUCCAGAUUUUUAUAUAAAUUUGAUAAAAAAUUUAGAAAUGAUAUUGGAUACAGAAAUUUCAAGAAGGUCAACACUGCUCUUCAUACAUACCUGAAGUUAAAUUUACUAAAAGAUGUUGAAUAUUUUUCCUCUACACUCCCAAUGAAUGAUGAUAUAUAUUUACCAACAAGACAAAUGUUGGAGUAUGUUUUAAUUCGUAUAAUGUCAUUCUUAAAAAUAAUGUUUAGAAUUUGCAAAUGUUCUAAACAGGCUGCUGUAUUUUAUAUGGACAGAUUGAAGAGAGGUGAGAGUCAUUGGAUGUCCUUGAUGCCUUAUGCUCUACUGAGUCGAAUUUGGUCCAUAUGUACUGUAUUGCUUGAACAUGCAUGUUCUUGGUACACCAAUUUAUAUAAGUAUCUUGACAAAUUACAGUUGAAAGGUGUGAAAUUUUUACCAGAUGCUUAUGAGCUCCCAGUUGAUAUAGAACUGUGGAUUGACUUAAAAAAUAUUGAUAGUUAUGGCAGAUUUGACUGGUCUGAAAAAAGACAUUUACAAAUAGAUCCCAAUUUGGUUGAAGAGGAUGGAGAAGCUUUUGAUAGCAUAUUAGAUUAUGUGAAAGAAAUUAAUAAUGAAACACAGGAGGAAGUACAUCAAAUGUCAUUACCAAUUAAUCAGGAAAUUAAGUCACUACAAAUUGAAACCCAAUCAUUUCAAAGUGUUGAUAAAGGAGAGUCAAUAUCAAGGGAAUAUUUUAAGUCAUUUUUUAAUCCUCAAACAAGUGAUAAAAUGUUUAACCAUUCAGCUAACAAUGUAACUAAUAAGGCCACAUUGCAACAAUUUCUUGAUAAAGAGGAAACAUACAGAAAUGAUAGUGAUGCCAGAUCAUUAACAAAGCAUCUCAGUUUUAUGCAGUGGCAAACUUUAAAAACUUCUUUGGAAAAACUUGGCAACUCAUUAGCUAAGAACAGAAAAAUAGAAAGAAAAUUUCAAAAAAUAUGGAAAGAAAAAUGUUUGGAAUAUGUUUAAUAAAAGUAUUUGUCAUUUA